GGCGAUUUUUGUGGAUUCUAUCGAUGUCGAACGGCGGCGGAGGAAACCGGUGCUUGUUAAUUUCUUCUCCCUCCUCACGUCUCUCUGGUAUGAUUGAGAAUGCAAUCUGAUCCGAUUUACAGCCUCAUCGGAUGCAAUUCACCGUGAGGAAGUUUCUUGACGAGAUCCAUUAGGCAGGAGAGUACUUGCCCAGCCGGCUUCUUUCUCCGUAGAAUUUCCGGGAAAGCCUCUGUCUUUACCUUAGCGAAGGCCAAAUACCGGAUGCUGGGUUACCAUCCACCAAGGUGUUAACAAAGGUCAUGCUCUUGCAACCGGAAUUCAACAGACCAACCAGUAUCUUGCUGUGUCAAAUAUGCUUCCCAAGAACAUCGCACCCACCACAUUUGCUAUCAGAAGAGCUCAGUUUUCGUGUUCCAUUGUGUCUAUCUUCCUCGCGUUUGUAAUUAUUUCCCUUCUCUCAUCUAUUUCCUUCCACUUUUACUCAACCCCAUCCCAGCCGUUUCUGAAAUCCCAAACCCAUAUUAACACUGCCCAAACUUCCCUCAAGGUCUAUGUAGCAAACCUCCCUAGAUCUCUUAACUAUGGUCUCUUGGAGAAAUACUGGGCUUCCCCUGUACCUGAUUCACGCAUUAGCUCUGAUCCAGAUCAUCCCAAGGACCAAACGAAAGCCAUGGCAUUCACUAGAGGCACCAAGUUUCCUCCAUACCAUGAAAAUCCAGUAACAAACAGUACAGUGCUGAGUACUGGAUCUUAGGGGACUUGAUGACACCAGAAGCUUCACGAACCAACUCAUUUGCCAAAAGGGUGUUUGAUGAGAGCGAGGCUGCUGUCUUCUUUGUACCGUUCUUUGCUAUGUUGAGUGCAGAAAUGGAGCUAGGAAGAGGGAAGGGCACGUUUAGGAAGAAGGAAGGCAAUGAGGAUUACCAAAGGCAGAAGGAGGUACUUGAUUUUGUUAUGAACUCAGAAGCAUGGAAACAAUCUGGGGGUAGAGAUCAUGUUUUCGUUCUUACAGGGUAUUGCAGACCCAGUAGCAAUGUGGCAUGUGAAAGCCGAGAUAGCCCCAGCUGUUCUCCUGGUUGUUGAUUUUGGUGGUUGGUACAGGCUAGACUCGAAAUCUUCUAAUGGCAGCCUGCCAGGGCGGAUUCAACAUACUCAAGUUUCUGUGCUCAAAGAUGUGAUAGUUCCUUACACACAUCUUCUUCCUCCAUUGCCCUUAUCUGAAAAUAUGAAGCGCCACACUCUUCUAUAUUUCAAAGGAGCCAAGCAUCGGCAAAGGGGAGGGGCAGUUCGAGAAAAAUUGUGGGAUUUGCUGGUUAAUGAGCCUGAGGUGAUUAUGGAAGAAGGCUUUCCUAAUGCAACUGGAAGGGAGCAAUCAAUCAAAGGGAUGAGAACAUCAGAGUUCUGUCUUCACCCAGCUGGAGACACCCCAACUUCUUGCCGGCUCUUCGACGCAAUUCAAAGCCUAUGCAUACCGGUCAUAGUCAGUGACAGCAUCGAGCUUCCGUUCGAAGGGAUGGUGGAUUACUCCGAAUUCUCCAUCUUCGUAGCAACCAGCGACGCCUUGACACCAAACUGGCUCGUGCAUCACCUGCGAAGCAUCUCCGAGAGACAGAAGGAUGGAUUUCGGCGGAAGAUGUCCAUGAUUCGCCAAUGUUUUGGUUGGACAAUGGCCAGCCCGGUGGCAUCGGGCCUGUUCAUCCAGAUGGUGCGGUGAACCACAAAUGGAGAAAGGUACACCAAAAAUUACCCAUGAUUAGGGAAGCUAUUGUUAGGGAGAAGAGGAGACCGCCCGGUGUAUCUGUUCCUUUGCGUUGUCAAUGUACUUGAUUGAAGAAGAGCCUUAACAAGCUAGAUAGAACUCCAUAUUGGACAUUUCGCUUCAACAAAUGCUGCAAAAAGCUGUAUUAGCAAAAGAAGAAAGCUUCCUGUUGCCGGCAAGAAACAGAGGAAACGCGAAAAGCAAACGUAAAAGGCGAAAGCCGAACCUCCGCCGCAGCAGCAGCUCACUGACUGCGGUUCCCUUCACCCAAAUCCACAAUCCAAGUCUCGCGCGCUGCAUUCUGUUCUGUUCUGGUAAAUGUGGAGAAAGUAUGGCUAAGUUAUGGGCUCUUCUUCUUCUCGCCGUUUUAGCUUCUUCCACUGCCGGCAGGGUGAUCUCCAGGACGACCAAAGAUGGAUCGGAAGUGUGGGGUUACGAGAAAGUCCGACCCAAAGCUCACAUGUUCUGGUGGCUGUACAAGAGCCCCUACAGGGUGGAAGAUCCUUCGAAGCCAUGGCCAACCAUUCUCUGGCUCCAAGGUGGACCUGGAGCUUCAGGAGUAGCGAUUGGGAAUUUCCAGGAAGUCGGCCCACUUGACACCAAUCUCAAACCCAGGAACUCAACCUGGCUCGCCGUCGCCGAUCUGCUCUUCGUGGAUUCGCCGGUGGGGACGGGCUACAGUUUCGUGGAAGAAGACGGGGCACUGGUGAAGACGGACGUCGAAGCGGCGGCCGAUCUGACGGUGCUGCUGCAGAACUUGUGCAACAGAGACGAGAAGUUGCAGAGAAGUCCUCUGUACAUCGUGGCGGAAUCUUACGGCGGCAAAUUCGCCGUCACGUUGGGAUUGUCUGCUCUGAAAGCCAUUGAAGCCGGGAAAUUGAAGGCCAAGCUCGGCGGAAUAGCGCUGGGAGACAGCUGGAUCUCCCCUGAAGAUUUCGUGCUCUCUUGGGGUCCCCUGUUGGGCUCUGUUUCUCGCCUCGACACCAAUGGCGUCAAAUUAGUCAACAAAUUGGCGGAGGGGAUAAAGCAGCAGAUUAGCGAGGAAAAGUUCUUGGAAGCGACGGAUGCUUGGGGUCGCCUAGAAGGAGUGGUUUCUGAUAACUCCAACAAUGUGGAUUUCUAUAAUUUCAUGCUGGAUUCCGGUAUGGAUCCGGUGUCGAUGAUGUCGACGACGACCACCACGACGGCGGCUGAGCUUUUGCUGGGGAAGACGAGGAGGAGCUACGCCAGGUACUUGAGCUCGCCGGGGGAAGAUGGGGUCGACAUUGACACAUUGAUGAAUGGUGUCAUCAAGAAGAAGCUUGGGAUUAUCCCUGAAAAGCUUCAAUGGGGAGGGCAGUCGGGAUCUGUGUUCAAUAGCAUGGCGGGUGAUUUUAUGAACCCAAGGAUUAACGAGGUGGAUGAACUCUUGGCCAAAGGUGUCAACGUGACUAUAUACAAUGGGCAGGUAAGACAGUUUAUUUUUUUUUUUUUUUGGAAAUUUUAAUAAAUUUUUCUCCCUUAGAAUAUGUAUUUUUUUAUACAAUUAGUUGGACCACAUGGAAUGGAAGUAAUAACUUAAAACUAUUACCAUUUUAUUAUGUAGCAAAUUUGCUGAUCCAUUAACCCUUAGUUUUGUUAGUAACUCUUGGGUUUUAUGUGGUUGUAGCUGGACGUAAUCUGUGCAACAAAAGGGACAGAAGCUUGGGUGCAAAAGCUCAAGUGGAAAGAGCUUUCGAACUUCACAGCCACAAGGAGAAGUGCUCUGUACUGUGGCGAAGGUGGGACGAAGGGAUUCCUCAAAUCCUACAAGAACCUUCACUUCUAUUGGAUCCUUGGAGCCGGCCAUUUCAUUCCAGUGGACCAACCUUGCGUUGCGCUGAACAUGGCUCGUGAGAUCACGCAGUCGCCGGCGUCUACCGUGGUUGGAGUCCCGAUCCGCAGACUGUAAGAAGGGAAGUGAUGGGAUCGUCGGAAAAGGGCGGGAUCAUGGGGAGAAAAAAACACAUGUAAAUAAGGAUACAAGGAAAUUAUUGAAAUCCGGCUACUGUCGUCGCGUUGUCCUUUCAAUUCUUCGGCAGAAUAGCCAUUCAUGAUCAUAUCUGUAUUCUAUUCAUUAAUCGAAUAAAUAUCGUUCUCUUAUUAUUACAUCAAACAGUGAGGUGGAC